ACAGUCCACGGUGCGGGGCCCAGAUGCAGUAUGAGUGACGCUCUCUCCGGGCCUGGCUUUCGCGGACACCGAGCCUGCUCUGGGUGCGAGGGGCUGCCUUCCUUCUCUCCGGGAGCCUGGACUCUCCGGCCUCUCAGCAGCUGGACGCUGGCUCUUCCCAGCGGGGUCCGUGCUGUAGCACUAACGCCUGUCACUCACCCUCCUUGCUAACACACCGCUCUAACCCUGCUGACAGGCCGCCGGGCCUUUGCACACGUGAACUCAGAGCCACACGGGGAGACCCUAGGGUUUCUGUAGAGAUGCACAGACCAGAGCAGCCUCGGGGCUGCUGGGCGCUGCCUGUCCGGGAGCCCUUCCCAGUCACCAGGUGCUGAGACGCGCCAGCCCGUGUCUGCCCCGCCCAGACAUGCUCCGCGCUGGGCACAUGCCGCCUCACAGCUGGGGGCUGCCGGCAGGUCGGUGCCCGCAGCCAGGUGCUCAGACUCUGCACGCCGUGGGCUUCUCUUCGAGGGGUUUCCCUGAGCAGUUCUUUUGCCGAGUACUAGUUUGGCUCCUGCCCGAAUGGCACCGCGGGCCCAGACUCCGCCCCGGGCAGGGGCCUUCUCGGGAGAGUCUGGCCCCGCCCCCGCGGACCAGGCCCUGGCAGCAGGGGUCACUGUGGGGGAGGGCUGUGUCGCCCGGAGAGGUGCUCCUGCAGUCCCCGGGCACGGGUCCUCCUGGGACGUGCUGUGGGGUCGGAGGCCAGGGCAGCGCCUUGGGAGCACGCGGGGAGGCCGCACCCACAGGCCCCCCGGUCCUGGCCUGGUGUCCAGUCCUGGCUGUGGGAGCCGUGGAGGCCUCGGGGGUCACAGCCCCGCUGGGUGCGCCAGGAGCCGGGGCCCUUGCAGAGCAGCCGCAGCUUGUCCGCAGACCCCAGGCCUCCAGGUACCGCAGGCGGAGCCGGGACCCCAGAUACCUGCGGGGGGACCCGGGGCCUAGACAGCUGCGGGCGGCCCCGGGCCCAGACGCGUGUGGCAGACUGGACCCCGGAUGGACGUGGGCGUUCCCCAGGAGUGGGGGCCACACUGCAGGCUGCGGCUCCCAGGAGUCGCUGCCUCUCCCGGGCUUGCUCCCCGCCCUGAGGGGCCGCGUGUGCAGGCGAGGUCGGGCCUCGCCCGCUGUGCCCUGGACAGCUCAGCUCUGGGCGGGGCUGCAGAGUCGGGGGGCCUGGGUGGGGCGGAUCGGGAGAGGGCAGGCCUGGGGGUGCCCCGGAGCGCCCGGUCACUGCCGGGCACUGUGGCCCUCAGUGUCCAGUGCUUCAAACCCAGGCCUGGGGAGGUGUGGUCAGCAGAGGGGCUGCCGCCGCCUGUGGACAGGCUGGGCCAGUGGCCUGCUGACGGGGUCAGGCGCCCCACCCCCGGAAGGCUCUGGGCUGGGGUGACCCCGCCCUCAGGAUGUGGCCCCGCCCCCAGGAGGUGACCCCGCCCUCCCUCGGGAGGUGGUUCUUCUGUAGUUUUGUGUUUGGGCCAUACCGGUAGUACUCAGGACUCACUUCUGGCUCUGCUCGGGGGUCACUCCUGGCAGGUUUGGGGGGCCGUAGAGGAUGCCAGGGAUCAAGGCUAGGUUGGGCGCAUGCAAGACAAGUGCCCUGCCCUGUGGCUCCAGCUGGGACCCCCUUCUGCACCGUGUGUGCGUGCAGUCCCCUUUCCCGGCCUGUGCCAGGGACUCUUGGGAAAUGGGAGAUGCACUGCCGUCCGGCCACCGUCCUCCCUCCCCUGGGUGGCCACUGACCACGGGCCCUCUGGGGCCUCUGGGGUUCAGCUGAGGAAACGCCCCUCUCCCGUGGCCCCCACAUCCUGAGCCUCCUUUCAGCCUCCUUUGCUUUCCGCCCCUCAGGAGCCCCUCCCCACUUUCCCCGCUGUUGAGUCCCGACCUCUCCCUCGGGGAGCUGCCCAGUGGGGCUCAGAGCCUUUCCCAGCUCAGUGUCGGGGUCCCCCUCUCCCUCGGGGAGCUGCCCAGUGGGGCUCAGAGCCUUUCCCAGCUCAGUGUUGGGGUCCCCCUCUCCCUCGGGGAGCUGCCCAGUGGGGCUCAGAGCCUUUCCCAGCUCAGUGUUGGGGUCCCCCUCCCAGUGGGCUUUGCCCUUUGCCCGGCACGAGGGCUGUAGACCCUGUCAGGGUGGUGUGAGCUGCCUGGUGUGUGCAGGACCCACGGGUGGCGCUCAGGGCCUCCUGCAGCCGCGCGGGGCGCGAGGUGCAUGCCCGGCUGCCCGGCUGCCUGGCAGCCAUCUGGGCCCUCGGGUCGUGUCUGCGUGGCGGGAAGAGCCGGGAGCAGCGAGGCUGUGCUGUGGGCGAGGAGUAGGGAGGAGAGCCUGCCAGGGGCCGCGGCCGGCCUGUCCCCGCCGGGGGCUCACGGCUCUUCUGAGCAGACAGAGCGUUUUCUUGUCCUGCCCACAGCCCUGGGGAGUUGGUAACCAGUUUUAUUUUUCCAU